UCAGCUCAUAUGGAUAAGUCUUGCUGUGCAUUCGUCAUAAAGUUAUUCUUUAAUAAGUACAUUUAAAAAAUUGACAUUUCUUAAUUUUAUUGAUAUUUGGAUAAUGUUUUUGGAUAUUUGGAAAGUUUUUGUUUGUGUAGUUACAACAACAUAUGUUACAGCGAAAAUACCUUCCUACAUUAAUGUCUGUGGCCGCAAGGAUUCCAACUAUGAUCAAUGCCUUGCAGAAAACAUAAAAAAUAUGAAAGAUAAGAUUUGCACAGGAUUUCCAGAAUUCAACAUUCCACCAAUUGAGCCACUGAUGUUUGACAAAAUAGUUAUUUUUGAAACAAAAGAUCUUAAACUUUAUCUCAGAGAUGUCAAUGUAUAUGGAUUUUGUGAUUAUGUUGUAAAUUCCAUUCAGACAAACCCCGAAAGACUUCACUUCGAUAUUAACAUCUUAUUUCAACAACUUUACAUAAACUCUACGUAUGAUUUUGAUAUGCGUUUGCUGGUGCGUGUUACGAAUAAGGGACCGGUUGAGGCUGUAAUAGAAAGUGUAAGAAUGAAGUCAGACAUCGAUUUAAAAACGAUAACCAAAAAUAACAAGAAACAUAUAUUUGCUUCAAAAGUAAACAACUUUAUCGAUACGAAAUCAUUUACAUAUAAGUUCCUUGACGACAGCAAAGAAUUAGCUCAAUUGCAUAAAAUUUUGAGCGAUGUCAUAGACAAUAAUAAAAAAGAAAUUAUUCGUGCUGUUAAAUCAAGAGUAGAAGAGAAAGCCUCCAGAAUAAUAAUAUUAAUUUUCAACGGCAUAGCUCGCUCCAAUUACGAGCAAAUAUUUCCAGAAAAAACAUGAAUUUUCUGGAAUUUUGGGAAUUAUUACGUUAUAAUAUAAAACUUGUUUGUAUACUCUACUUUGUUAGCUAAUAACUCUUAAUUAAACAAUGGUUGGCGAUUAAAAUCCUUUCAAGAUUAUUCCAAAUCAUGGUUUUCACAAUAUUUAAAUAAAUCAAAAUCAAUAUCAUUUAGUCUGUAUUGUUCCACCUUUCGAUAAACUUGAACUCACGGUCUUACUCUCUUACUCUUUUAUUUUUUGUUUAUCCAGUAGAUAAAAAAAAUCACAUAAUUUAUCUGAAGAUGGAACAACUAGCCCUUCGACACUUUAG